AAGUGAAAAUGGAUGCGACCGAUGAAGAGAAUUAUGUAAAGAGUUUUGUCAAUGAGAUUUCCGAAGGGAUUUGUUACCUUCACGAUAAUAACAUUGCUCACCGUGAUCUGCAUGGAAAGAAUAUCCUCAUCCAUCAGGGAAACAUUAAAAUUUCUGAUUUUGGUUUGUCAAAAAAAAUUACCAGCUAUAUGACGACGACACACAAUCUCGUGGGAGUAAUACCUUUCAUUGAACCACAGAAAAUUAUGGACACCAAAUACAAACAGGACCAACGAUCUGACAUAUAUAGUUUGGGAGUGGUUUUUUGGUUAAUAUCUAGUCGUCGCUGCCCAUUUAAUGAUCAAUCUUUUGUGAACAUCUCUCUCAUGAUCUCCAAAGGAGAACGUGAGAAUCCUGUUGAAAAAACGCCUUCACAUUACGUAAGAUUGUAUUCAGAAUGUUGGGAUCAAGAUCCUGAAAUGCGGCCUUCCGCUAGGGAGGUACUAGCCAGAUUGCGGUCUAUGCCGCUCGUACCCGUUUACGACGGAACCGAAGAAAGUCUUAUGGUGACAACGCCGGAUUUUGGGAAUACAGAACUGGGAAUUUGUUCAAAAUGCCUACAACAAUUCACAGAUCAUGAAUGGUGUCAAACGUGUGAAGUAAAAAAUUUUCGCGAUAAAUUUACUUACUGGACAAGCAAUAAUCAAGAACUCGAUAUUAUCAUUAAGAAUUCUCAGCUGAAUGCAAAGAAUUCGCUAAGAUACCUGGAAUGGAUCGAAUAUGACCAAUUAAAAGAUAUCAAAGUAUUGAGCACUGGUCACAAUUCCGGAUUAAUUUAUUCGGCCAAAUGGCCGGGACAAAGAAGAAAAUUGUGGAAUUCAAAAUUUCAACAAUGUGUGACCGAAGGAAACAACAACGUGGCUAUCAGGAUUUUAAAAAAUUCAUUGUUUUUCCACUUGGUAAAUGCUAACGUGUUAGAAAUAUACCUUAGCUGUGACAAUAUUCUGAAUUGUUAUGGAUUUACCUAUGACAAAGAAACUGGGAAUUAUGGGGCGGUAAUGCAAUUCGUAGACGGCGGAACUUUACAAACCUUUCUUUCCAAUAAUUCACCCGGAUGGAAUGAAAUACAUUACAUACUUACAAAUAUAGUAGAGAGUUUACAAAGCAUACACGAAUUAGGGUAUGCGCAUUGUGACCUAAAUGUAAGAACAAUAAGCCUAGUCAAUUAUCAUGGAAAAUGCGAUGAUUGCAUAAAUUUUGGUUAUGAUAUAUAUAUAAGCAACAUCGAUAAUUGUAGUAAAAUAGACAACAUGACUAAUCUUACUGAUGUCAAAGAGGAAUUAACAGGAAUUUUGGCUUAUGUGGAUCCACAUGCCAUAAGAGGAAACCGGUUUUCUGCAAAAUCUGACAUUUAUAGUCUAGGGAUUGUUAUGUGGGCAUUAAGUUCUCGAAAGUCGCCUUACCGAGAUAAAUAUCUCACUUCAAACUUGGCAUUAGAAAUUUUGGAUGGUUGGCGUCCCAAAAUUGUCGAGGACAUUCCAGAAUGUUAUGCAGAAUUGAUGACGCAGUGCUGGGACAAAGAGCCAAUCAACCGGCCAAGUAUUGAAAGAAUCAAGCAAGCACUUGAAGAUUGGAAGACGAAUCCCGACUACAUUCAACAAUUCGAGUUAUCCAAUCAAAAACGAAUGAAUUCUAUGUAG